AUGUUAAACCAGACCUCAGACAAUGCCAGUGCCUCAACACUAAAUGGCAACAAAAGCCCAUUGACAAAUGACAUUGGUAGUGAUGGAAUCAGUAAAGGUGGCAGCGCCAAAGAGAAGCGCUUCCCGUGUUCAUUCUGUGGGAAAGCCCCAAACAAACACCUGUUCCCCAAACAGGUGGAGAUCCACCAGAGGAUGCACACUGGGGAGAAAUCAUUAGGCAGACAAAUGUGCCAGGCCAGUUUCUCACACUCGUCCAACCUGAAGAGGCACCAGAGGCACCAGCUGAAGAUGCACCUGAAGGUCCACACGGGAGAAAGACCAUUUGCCUGUACACACUGCAGGAAGUGGUUCUCAAAGAGGAGCUCUCUCAGGAUACACCAUCAGAAAAUGCUCAUGGCCCAUCUUCUACCUCCUCUGGCGUCAUCGGGUCACAACUUGGGGAGGCUGAGCAUUAGGCCAGAUGCCGACAAGCCGUAUGCCUGCCCCACGUGUGGGAAGCGCUUUGCUGAGGCGAACUAUGUGAAGAAGCACCAGACCGUUCACACCAAGGAGAGGCCCUUCAUGUGCAAACUAUGUUACAAGAGCUUCUCCUUCCUGAGUAACCUUAUCAGACAUAGGAGUGUUCACAAUGGGGAGAAAUCAUAG